GUGUGUUUCCACGCUUAUUAAAAUUGCUCUUAACUGUUUUUCGAUGAGAUCUGCGGUCUUGUCAGAUAAUUGUCACUCUAAACUUGUCAAUAAAUUGUAAACGAAUUUCUGUGUGAAAAGUAAAUUGAUUAAGAAAAUGCUUGUCUAGAUAAACUGGUGGACUACCUAGUAAUAAUAAUCGAAAUCUGGUGGACAAUCAAUGCACUUAAUUGUUGGAUCUUCGUUGGUUGGAUAUACGUCCAGAUAGUGCAUGUUAUGAAAUAACUAUAUUCCUGAGUAGAGCAAAUACAAGCUACGUCUAUGAAAUAAUAAACAUCGCUUAGUUACAUGCUGUUGAUUUAAUUCAUUAAAGCUCCUUAAUUUACCACUGACUACAGCGGCAGUCAAUUUUUUUAUAUCUCGACUAUAAGCUGUAAGAAUAUUAUUGUUCCUGGUGUCAAUCAUCUUGAUUAUAAUUUAUGAUGGAUCCUUCUAAUCAACUAGAUCUCAAGAUCGGUCUGGAUGGCAUCAGUUGUACUGACUUCGCGACUGUUGGUGAUAAGAUUCUACUUGCAGUCGGGACAUGUAAUGGAAGAAUUCGUAUAUUUGAUUACGUGGAUCGAACAAAGGCGUUACUUCAGAAACGUUGGCAUAAAACUAUCCGAUGCUUGUCUUUUUUCCCUAAAACUCAAAAUUUAUUAAUUUCGGCUUCCAGUCAAAGUGGCUUAAAAGUACACGAUGUGAUUUCUGAAAAACAAACUUGGGCAUUUUUUCAAGCUCAUGAAAAAUCACCAAUAUCUAGUGUUUUAGUUCUAGAACACGGACAGUGGGUUACAGGUGAUGAAAAUGGAAUUAUCAAAAUGUGGGAUGCAAGGAAGUCAGGUCCAGUUUCAGUCAUGACUCCAGAUAUUGAAAAUAAAUUUGAUGAUUUUUUCAAUUCUAUCAAUGAAAUGGCUGUGUCAUCGAAUGAUUCUCAUGGAACUUUGUUAGCCGCAGUUGAUGAUGGAACUUUAGCAGUGUAUAAUAUACGACGUCGACGUUUUGAAAUGUCUUCAGAAACACUUGGAUUUAGUGCACGUACCUUAACUGUUGUUAAAAAUAAUACAAAAGUUCUUGUCGGCACCGAUGAAGGUGUGAUUUCUGUGUUCAGUUGGAAUGAAUUCGGAAAUAUAUGCGAUCGUUUCCCUAUACAUCCUCUUCGACCAUCUAAACAAGGUCAGGCUAGAACAGCUGUUUCUGGUGGAAAUUCUGUGGAGAAAAUAGUCAAAAUUACAGAAGAUAUUGUUGCAGUAGCCACUGAUGAUGGAGUUGUAAGUGCUAUGCAUAUCCUACCAAAUCGUUUGCUUGGUUGUGUUGGAUAUCAUAUAGACACAGUGAAUAAUGACACUAGCGGAGCAGAUUGUAUGACACUGUCUAUUCAUCCAACAGAGAAUAUUAUUGCAUCAACAUUUCCGGCUAGUUCUUCAAUCAAAUUUUGGAAUACAUCUAAAUUUAUUGAACAUGCUGAAAAUGAAACUGCAGAACUUCGAUUACCAAAAAAUCAACGAAAAUUACCAAGUACAAAACUUAAAGGUGUGAAAUCACGACGUCUCUGUUUAACUGAUGCCAAUGAACGUAUGGAAUAUCUUGAAGGUUUACUACCAGAAAAACAAAGUAUAUUAUCUUCAAAUGACUCUGAAAAUUCUAUAUCACAUGAUGAUAGUUCUUCAGACAAUGAUGUGUAAGCUUGUAAAUGAUAUGCCAUAAUCACUUUUCAAUUUGGUAAACCAUUCAUUUUUCAUAUGUUUAUAAAACAUAGAUUGCGAUGUUUGUAAACUCUUUGAUCUGAUUUCCUAUGUUUACAAUACUAUUCUACUCUUCUGUAUAAGGUUCUCUAUCAUCUUUAAAUAUCUGGGCAUAGUUCACAUAUCUUCUUUUUGAUAAACCUUUGUAUUCUUUCACUUUCUUUAAUUUUAAACUACUUUUGAGCAUAGUAAAACAAAAUCCAUUUCAAAUGAAUAUCUUCAAAGAAAUGUACAUUUGUUAUGAAUGUAUCAUUGGACAACUGUAUAUUGUUUGUAUAAGUUUGUCUUUCCAUUGUUGGUCAUCAGAAUUUUCUACUG